AUGGUAGGAUACGAGUUAUCGCAUCUUAUAUAUCCUUCAGAUGUUGGAAUAUACCAACUGAAUAAUGUCUCUGACAUUUGCGAACAUGAAAGCUUCAAGAGACCUGAUCCUUUGCGACAUUUCAAAGACUACAAUGGAGAUUUCGAUGUUCGAAACAAGCACUACGUGGCUUCUGCGGCAUUUACAGGAGUCCACGGAUAUGCAUUUGGCGGAGUUUGGUUGCUAUGUGGAGUGACCUUGGCCAUUUUCAUGAUAGUGAAGUUUCUAUGCGGUGGCUCUGCUACAUUACCAUUUUUGGACCAUUACUAUAUCCACAUUUUCUUCUUACUUCUCUUAUUUACCUCUCUCGCCAUAGUGGCUUCCUGUUUUGUCCUUGCCACGAGCCAAAAGACCAUGCGGAGGACAGAAAAACUGAAAGAAUCAGUGGUGGGUAUAGGAGAAGAUGCUCUUGGGACCAUAGGUAGAGUCCUAAAAACAACGAACCAAAUGCAGUUCCUUUUGCUUCCCUAUAAUCCACAGAUAUGUGCGAGUUUGAAUUCGACCACUCAAGACCUCAGAAGCAACUCGCGUGUCAUUCGCCGUUUUAUUGACAGAAGUGGACAAUCGUUCGACAAGGCCACUCAUACUUCGUAUAUAGCACAUUUGGUUGUUCUAACCGUCAAUUUAGUCACACUGGUUGCAGCACUAGUUUUGACGCUGCUGCAUUGGCGCCCUGGAUUUAUAAUCAUUAUUUUUUGCUUUUGGAUCUUAACAAGCCUGUGCUGGUUCUUGACUGGUUUUGAUUUUUUCCUUCACACAUUUGCAGAUGAUGCAUGCACCGCUUUUGAAGACUUUGUAGAAAACCCCCAGAACAGUAGUCUGGGUUCGAUGUUGCCGUGCAUUAAUGAAUCAUUCUCUGGAAAAUUAAUAGCUGAAAUUGGCUCCACCAUUCACAAUUUCAUAGUUGAGUUGAAUUCUAAUAUGUCAGUGAUUUAUCGGCUCCUAGGAGUAAGUGAAGUAAAUGAAGAAUCAAUUGGAGUCAUAAAAGUUUGUGACCCUUUUUCCGGAGCACCAAACUUCAGCUACAUUCCAAAGAGUUGCCCUCAGGAUGCCAUUCGGAUCGGCGAUUUAUCAAAAAUUCUUUCAAGGUUCACAUGUCACCAAGAGGGCACAGCAGAAGCAUGCAGAAAAGAGGGGAGAUUUGUUCCGUUGGCCUCAUACAACAUGGCUCAUGCCUAUAGUAGAUCCAUCCAGGAUUUGUUGGACAUAUAUCCAGACUUGCAAAAACUCUCAAAAUGCACCAUUGUGAAGAACAAAGUUGCUGAAAUUGUGUUGCAUCAAUGUAGGCCAAUAAGAGUUUCAACUAGAUUGUUAUGGUCAUCUAUGUUGUCUCUCUCCAUCAUUAUGGUAGUCUUGGUAUUUGUCUUGGUGGCAGAGGCUUCUCAAUGCUGGCGAAAACCCUUUUUUACACGUUUUAGGACUUCCACAUCUAGAUAG